CGUGACCCAUCCUGCAGCCGCUUGGGCCCGAGGGCGCAGCUCGGCGGAGGCCUGGCCAGGCCGGGCCGAGCGCAGCAGGCCAGAGCGCGCAGCGCGCCUGGGAGGGUCUGGACGCCGCGCCUCCCGCCGCAUACGCCCGCGCGCUUGCAAGCCCUCCCUCGGCGCUGGGACCCCUGGCGGGCGGCCGGAGGACAUGGCCGGCGACGCCGUGCAGAGCGAGCCUCGCAGCUGGUCACUGCUGGAGCAGCUGGGUCUGGCGGGCGCAGACCUGGCAGCCCCGGGGGUGCAGCAGCAGCUGGAGUUAGAGCGCGAGCGGCUGAAGCGGGAGAUCCGGAAGGAGCUGAAGCUGAAGGAGGGCGCUGAGAACCUGAGACGGGCCACCACGGACCUGGGCCGCAGCUUGGCCCCCGUGGAGCUGCUGCUGCGGGGCUCCGCUCGACGCCUUGACUUGCUGCACCAGCAGCUGCAGGAGCUGCAUGCACAUGUGGUGCUGCCUGACCCUGCAGCGGGGAGUGAUGCCCCCCAGUCCCUUGCAGAGGGCAGCCCUCUCUGCUCGUCCGCCAACCUGAGUCGAGUGGCCGGCCUGGAGAAGCAGCUGGCCAUCGAGCUCAAGGUCAAGCAGGGGGCGGAAAACAUGAUCCAGACCUAUAGCAAUGGCAGCACCAAGGACCGGAAACUGCUGUUGACAGCCCAACAGAUGCUGCAGGACAGUAAGACCAAGAUUGACAUCAUCCGCAUGCAGCUUCGCCGAGCGCUGCAAGCAAUGCAGGCUGGCCAGCUGGAGAGUCAGGCAGCCCCGGACGACGCCCAGGGAGAUCCAGACCUGGGAGCUGUAGAGCUACGCAUUGAGGAGCUACGGCACCAUUUUCGAGUGGAACAUGCAGUGGCAGAAGGCGCCAAGAAUGUCCUGCGCCUGCUUAGUGCAGCAAAGGCCCCAGACCGCAAGGCUGUCAGCGAGGCUCAGGAGAAAUUGAAUGAGUCCAACCAGAAGCUGGGCUUGCUGCGGGAGUCACUGGAGCGGCGCCUCGGGGAGCUGCCUGCAGAUCACCCCAAGGGGCGGCUGCUGCGGGAGGAGCUGACUGCAGCCUCCUCAGCGGCCUUCAGUGCGAUGCUGCCUGGGCCCUUCCCUGCCACUCACUACAGCACCUUGAGCAAGCCUGCACCACUCACAGGGACCCUGGAAGUACGAGUGGUGGGCUGCAAAAACCUUCCAGAGACUAUCCCCUGGAACCCGCCUGCCUCAGUGGGGGCAUCCGGGACCCCCGAAAGCCGCACUCCGUUCCUGAGUCGCCCAGCUCGGGGCCUUUACAGCCGAAGCGGAAGCCUUAGUGGACGGAGCAGCCUCAGGGGGGAGACAGAGAGUGCCACUGAGGUUAGCACCGUGCUCAAGCUGGACAACACAGUGGUGGGGCAAACAGCCUGGAAGCCGUGUGGCCCCAGUGCCUGGGACCAGAGCUUUACCCUGGAGCUGGAGAGGGCUCGGGAGCUGGAGCUGGCUGUGUUCUGGCGCGACCAGAGGGGUUUGUGCGCUCUCAAGUUUCUGAAGUUGGAGGACUUCUUGGACAACGAGCGACAUGAGGUGCAGCUGGACAUGGAGCCCCAGGGCUGCCUGCUGGCUGAGGUCACCUUCCGGAACCCCAUCAUUGAGCGGAUCCCCAGGCUCCAAAGGCAGAAAAAAAUCUUCUCCAAGCAACAAGGGAAGGCAUUUCAGCGUGCCAGGCAGAUGAACAUCGAUGUGGCAACUUGGGUGCGGCUGCUCCGGAGACUCAUCCCUAACGCUGCGGCCACUGGCACCUUCAGUCCCAACGCAUCUCCGGGCGCUGAGAUCCGGCACACCGGAGACAUAUCCAUGGAGAAAUUGAAUCUUGGUGCUGACUCAGACAGCUCAUCCCAGAAGAGCCCGCCAGGGCUACCCUCCACCUCAUGUAGCCCGGGUACGGGUGAUGGAAUCCAGAGCUUCCUGCGUGCUAGGCGGUGCUCUGACAUCUGCAUCCCGGCACCUGCCCUGGUUUCUCCGUGUGGAAGCCGGGUAAGGCGCCAGCAGCCUAUCUUCCCAGCAGCGGCAUGGCUGAGGCGGGACGGUCAUCAGUUUGAGUCCAGCCUAGACCACAUAAGUUCUCCAACCCACGAGUCUACCACCUCUCCAGAGCUGCCUUCAGAGACCCAGGAGACCCCCGGCCCUGGCCUGUGCAGCCCCCUGAGAAAGUCACCCCUGACACUUGAGGACUUCAAGUUCCUGGCAGUGCUUGGCCGGGGUCACUUUGGAAAGGUGCUGCUGUCUGAAUUCCGUUCCAGUGGGCAGCUCUUUGCCAUCAAAGCCUUGAAGAAAGGUGACAUUGUAGCCCGAGAUGAAGUGGAGAGCCUCAUGUGUGAGAAGCGGAUUUUGGCGGCCGUGACCAGGGCAGGACAUCCCUUCCUGGUGAACCUUUUCGGCUGUUUCCAGACCCCAGAGCACGUGUGCUUUGUGAUGGAGUACUCAGCGGGUGGAGACCUGAUGUUGCACAUCCAUAGCGAUGUGUUCUCAGAGCCUCGGGCUGUCUUCUAUUCGGCCUGUGUGGUGCUGGGACUGCAGUUCCUUCAUGAACACAAGAUUGUCUACAGGGACCUGAAGUUGGACAAUUUGCUCCUGGAUACUGAGGGCUACGUCAAGAUCGCAGACUUUGGCCUCUGCAAGGAGGGGAUGGGCUAUGGGGACCGGACCAGCACAUUCUGCGGAACUCCAGAGUUCCUGGCGCCGGAAGUGCUCACAGACACGUCCUACACACGCGCAGUGGACUGGUGGGGACUAGGCGUGUUGCUCUAUGAGAUGCUGGUGGGAGAGUCUCCAUUCCCUGGGGACGACGAGGAGGAGGUAUUUGACAGCAUUGUCAACGACGAGGUUCGCUAUCCUCGAUUCCUGUCUGCGGAGGCCAUCGGCAUCAUGAGACGGCUCCUGCGGAGGAACCCAGAGCGGAGGCUGGGAUCCACCGAGCGGGACGCAGAAGAUGUGAAAAAGCAGCCUUUCUUCAGGAGUCUGGGCUGGGAUGUCCUGCUGGCCCGUCGCCUGCCUCCACCCUUCGUGCCUACGCUUUCAGGGCGCACAGACGUCAGCAACUUCGAUGAGGAGUUCACCGGAGAGGCCCCCACACUGAGUCCUCCCCGGGAUGCACGGCCCCUCACAGCUGCGGAGCAGGCGGCCUUCCGGGAUUUCGACUUUGUGGCCGGAGGCUACUAGCCCCCAGCCCCUGCCUUGCCCCAGAGGUCGCGGUUUUUAAAAAAGCCUUUGGGUUACUCUAUA